AAUUCUUUCGACAAUUGUAGGCAAUAAAUAUAUUAAUGUAAAUGUUAGACAGCGAUGGAGGCAUAUGCUGUAUCCAUUCUAGUUUCGUGCGUGUCGGCUUUAAAUGGAAAUUUAAUAAACGACUGUGUUGUGUCGGAUCUCUAUAUUAAAUUAACCUGUUCAAAAACAGUGAUUUGUAUGUUUCAGUGUAUAUUGCUAAAAGAUCCACAAUUUAAACGUGUAAUAUUGAGUGUUUUAAUGGUCCUUCUAGUGUGGUGUGUGCUGAUGUAUAUACGAUUCAGGCGAUCGAAACAUGAUAACGAGCACGGAGAUAAUGGCCGACCGACAGACUUAGUACAAACAAGCAUGAAAGACUCAGACCCAUCUACAGAUAGUGCACACUUAACAGCCAACCAAACACCUGAAACGACUGGGGGUUUACUAGGGUCCAAAGAAACAACAGAAAAACAAAGUACAACGACAACAGUAAGAAACCCCCAGGGAGAAACAAACUCAAAGGUCUUGGAUGAUGAUCAGGAACGAGUCAUGUGUAAAAUAUGUUUGAGUAGGAAAAUGAAUGUGGUUUUCUCACCUUGCAACCAUAUGGUGGCGUGUGCGAGCUGCUCGGAUUUAUUGGACCGAUGCGCCGUUUGUAGGACACCAAUUAAAGGAACUUUUGUCGUGUAUACAGAAUUUUAAAUCUUCAAUGACAUUUUAAGACAUUUCAGGUCGAGUUAACUUCCAUCGUAUGAAGUUUAUUUCAUGAAGAAAAUGAUUUCCUUACCUAUAUGAUGACCUUUGCCAAUCACAUAUGAUAUUGCAAUAACUGUCAGCAAUGUUAAGAAUGAAGUGCACGUAAGCACGUGCUGAUCUUUACAAAAUUAAGUGACUGAAAACAUUAAGCCUUAUGUCAUGCUGUAUUUACGGUGACAGGCGAUUUCAAUUUAUUUUAUGUGAACCUUUUGUUAAUUAGUAUUAUUUUUAUUAUUUGUUGAGGAAAACAUACAACGGCCUUUAGCCUAUUAAUGUAUGAACUGUGUCACAGUAUAUGUUUGAUAUAAUUUUUUAUAAAAUUAAAAACAUUUACAGAACAUC